AUGACUACAAACCACAUCUCUCCGGUCCCUCCUCGUACGCCGUCUCCCCCCUCACCAGGAGCAGAUUAUCAGGAGCAGACAGAAAGUAGUAAUAUUGUUCGUACAGCUAUUACCUUCAAUCCCGAUGCGCUCUCACCAUUUACGGAUUCCUUUUCAGGUCAAUUUGGAUCAAUGAACACACCGCUUCCCUCUAUGAAUAGUGACGGAUCUGUCAACUCACUCUGGCCGUCAGGGCAGCGGAACCCGUUCAACUUCGCCCCCCAAACCACAACAGGUAGUCCAAUGCUAGUUAAUUCUAAUAUCGGAAAACGACGUGGUCAUCGCUACAAGCAUUCGUCCGUAAGCACUCAACAUCAAAUAUUUCUUGAACCGCCUUCAAGAGCUCUACUAGCACUCCCAGCAUCCUUACCUGUUCCCACAUAUAGGGAAGCAUGGUCAAGUCGGUCCAAAGAACAAACUCGUCGAAUUGUCUGGUGUACAUGUCACGCUUUCAUAGCACUUUAUGUCCUCUACUCAGCAGCAGGCUCUCUCGCCCUUACUGCACUUUCCCAUUUAAUCUUUUUUGAUGCAAUAUCUGCCACAAUAUGCGUUGUGAUAGAUGUCCUCUGUAACUUUGAGGUAUGGAAACGCUCGUCAAUUCGGCAUCCUUUUGGUUUGGAACGCGCGGAAGUAUUAGCCGGCUUUGCUAUGUCUGUAUUUCUCCUAUUUUUAGGCUUUGAUCUCAUCUCUCAUAAUUUAAAGCAUGUUCUUGAGGGAAUUAGCGUGCUUAGGUCUCACCAGAAAUCUGCAGAUCACCGUAUCUCCAUUGGCUCAAUCGACUCUGCGGCUCUCCUUUCCAUUAUCGCGACACUUAUUUCCGCAAUUGGUCUCCAAAAUCAUGCAAGAAUAGGAAAGACAAUGCGAUACAGCUACAUCUCGUCUUUACCUUCAGUCCUAUCAAAUCCCUCUCAUUUUCUCACCCUCUUCAGCAGUACCGUUAUGUUGCUAUUGCCACUUCUAUCAUCAAAUUUAUUUCACUGGAUAGACACAUUUCUUUGUGCAUUGAUUGCAAUUUCAAUGUUUACAUUGGGAGUUCACUUCGCUACUACUCAGGGCCUCAUGCUACUCAUGUCUUAUUCGGGAGAGGGGAUCGGAGAUGUGAUACGCGAAAUAAAGAGAGAAGAGGCAGUCAUCUGCGUCGAGGAAGCAAGAUUUUGGCAGAUCCACUACGCUCUAUGUAUGGCCAGUUUCAAAUUGAGGGUUAAAGGGGACGAACUUACUCUUUCAAAGUUACGAGAACGCAUAAAUCUAUUCGUGUCCAAACGACUUGGGACCGGCUAUGGAACUAGUGAAGUUAAAUGGGAAGUUACAACCCAAUUCAUUCUUGAAAAAUAA